AAUGCCGGAUCAACCCAAGAAGGGGAAACCUACAGAAAAGCCAGCAGAUACCAAAGCUCAGGGGAUCACUUCUAGGGAUUACUCUGAUCUUAAAAGGCUUCUGGAACUUCUCAAUGUCCAGUCAAGCAAGCACCAGCUGCCAGCCCUUAACUUUGAAAGUGCUAAAAAUAGCGUGACGAAGUCCGAGCAAUAUCCCAGCAAUGCUUGUGGAGAGAGAUGUAGAGGUCAAUGGCAAGAAUCUACUGAAGCUGUUGAGCUUGAAAACUUUAGUAUGAAUUACAAGAAUGAGAGAAAUUUUAGCAAACAUCCUCAGCACAAGUUGUUUCAGGAUAUCUUCGUAGCCUUGGUUAAAAAACGGCUUAAUUGCAGGGAAUGGGCUAACCGAGCUUCGUCUAUCCAUUUUCUGAGAGUUUUAAUAUGUAUAAGAUUAUUAAUGAGAGAUCCAUACUUUCAGGAAACACUCCACAACCUAGGCGGAAUUGAACAUUUAGCACAGUAUAUGGAGACAGUAGCAAACGACUAUCUCAGAUAUGGAGAGGAACAGCACAAUGUAGACAAACUGGUCAACUUGACAUAUAUUUUUCAAAAACUAUCUGUUGUUAAAGAACAAAGAGAAUGGGUUAUAGCCAGUGGAGCACAUAAAACUUUAGUAAAUUUACUUGGAACCAGAGACAAUAAUGUAUUGCUGGGUGCACUGCUGGCUCUUACUAGCUUGGCAGAAAGUCCUGAAUGCCGAGAAAGGAUAAGUGAGCUCAAUGUGGUUGAGAACUUGUUGGUGAUACUGCAUGAAUAUGACUUACUAUCUAAGAGGCUGACAGCAGAGUUGCUCCGCCUCCUAUGUGUGGAACCUCAAGUCAAAGAGCAAGUCAAAAUGUAUGAAGGUGUUCCCAUCCUGCUCACGUUGCUCCAUUCAGAUCACCUAAAGCUCCUGUGGAGUGUUGUUUGGAUUCUGGUCCAGGUUUGUGAGGACCCGGACACCAGUGUGGAAAUCCGUAUUUGGGGUGGUAUCAAACAGCUCCUGCAUAUUCUACAGGGGGAGCGAAAUCUAUUUUCAGAUCGUUCUUCCAUUGGGAGUUUAUCUAGCGCAAAUGCAGCAGGAAGAAUCCAACAGCUUCGCUUGUCAGAAGAUUUAAGUCCCCAUGAGAUACAAGAAAAUACAUUCUCCCUUCAAGCAGCUUGUUGUGCUGCCAUUACUGAAUUGGUUCUUAAUGAUACGAAUGCUCACCAGGUCAUUCAGGAAAAUGGAGUUUAUACAAUAGCCAAGCUAAUUUUACCAAAUAAACAAAGGAGUGUUCCAAAAGCAAAUUUAUUGCAGUGUUAUGCUUUCAGAGCCUUGAGAUUUCUUUUCAGCAUGGAAAGGAACAGACAUCUUUUCAAAAGACUCUUCCCCACUGACUUGUUUGAGAACUUCAUUGAUAUUGGGCAUUAUGUUCGAGAGAUCAGUGCUUACGAAGAGCUGGUAUCGAAGCUAAAUUCAUUAUUGGAGGAUGAAGUUAAUCAAAUUGCUGGAAAUAUUGAAAACAUUAAUCAGAACAAAGCACCUACGAAAUACAUAGGCAAUUAUGCAAUAUUAGAUCACCUUGGCAGUGGAGCUUUUGGAAGUGUUUACAAGGUUAGAAAAUACAGUGGCCAGAACCUUCUAGCAAUGAAAGAGAUCAAUUUACAUAAUCCAGCAUUUGGAAAGGAUAAAAAAGACAGAGACAGUAGCGUGAAGAACAUUGUCUCUGAAUUAACCAUAAUUAAGGAACAGCUUUACCAUCCUAAUGUUGUCCGAUAUUACAGAACCUUCAUAGAAAAUGACAGGCUGUACAUAGUCAUGGAGCUCAUAGAAGGGGCACCACUGGGAGAACAUUUUCAUUCUUUGAAGGAAAAGCAACAGCAGUUUACCGAAGAUAGACUAUGGAAUAUAUUCAUUCAACUGUGUUUAGCUCUUCGGUAUUUGCACAAAGAGAAGAGAAUUAUCCAUAGAGACCUCACUCCAAACAAUGUCAUGCUGGGAGAUAAGGAUAAAGUAACAAUCACUGACUUUGGUCUUGCAAAGCAAAAACAAGAAAAUAGCAAGCUGACAUCAAUUGUUGGAACUAUUCUCUACUCCUGCCCUGAAGUUGUCAAGAGUGAGCCAUAUGGAGAGAAGGCUGAUGUCUGGGCUGCAGGAUGUGUCCUUUAUCAGAUGGCAACUCUUAGUCCUCCUUUUUACAGCACCAACAUGCUCUCCUUAGCAACUAAAAUAGUAGAGGCUACCUAUGAGCCUGUCCCAGAAGAUGCCUAUUCUGCAAAGGUGUCAGCCGUCAUUAAAAGAUGCUUGACCCCUGAUGCAGAGACUCGUCCCGACAUUGUAGAAGUCAGUUCAAUGAUCUCAGAUGUUAUGAUGAAAUAUUUAGAUGGGUUGUCAACCUGCCAGCUUGUCUUGGAGAGAAAACUGGAACGCGAGAGGAGGCGCACACAGAGGUAUUUCAUGGAGGCUAACAGGAACGCAGUGACAUGUCAUCACCAGCUUGCUGUGUUAUCUCAGGAACACUAUGAGAAGUCAAGCCUCAGCAGCAAUAGCAGCGGAGCAGCCAGUUUAAAAAGCGAGCUUUCUGAAAACGCUGACCUGCUGACUGAAAGCUUUCACCCAUCCUGUGGAAAAGAUGAAGACAAGGCCUGCAACGAAACCCUUUCAGAUGAUAACUGCACUUUAGAAACUUCUGAAAAAAAUGUCUUCACAGAAUUAGAUGACGAACUGGACAUGUCAUAUAAUUCCAGCUGCUGUAGCUCAAGCCCUCUUAAAGAAUCAGCGUUUGGUAUCAUUAAACGAAGCUUAAGUGCUUCUGAAAGGCAACCUCAAGCAAGAGAUUAUAUCGGAAUUUCAGGAACCAAGCCAAGACCAGCUUUGCUGCCUUUUGAUCUGCUCCUGAAAGCACCUUCACUCAUGUUCAGGGGCCACGUUAAGAAAAUAGAGGACUCGUUAGUGACAGGGUGGAAAUCCCAUAGCCUUCCAGCUGUGAUUCUUCGCAAUCUGAAAGAUCAUGCAUCUGCAGGCAUCGCUGUGUCACAACGAAAGGUGCGUCAGAUCAGUGAUCCUAUUCAACAGAUUUUAAUUCAGCUGCACAAGAUCAUCUACAUCACCCAGCUUCCGCCAACUUUGCACUGCAACUUGAAAAGAAGAGUCGUUGAGAGAUUCAAGAAAUCCCUCUUCAGCCAACAGAGCAAUCCAUGUAACUUGAAGUCUGAAAUUAAAAAGCUACUUCAAGGUUCUCCAGAGCUGAUUGGGCCUAACUUUUUCACAGCAGAUUGUCACUUACUGCUUCACUCCUCAGGUGGAAACAUGUUUGUCCCAGAUGACAGAUCAGGUCUUCCUAGCACUUUUGAUGUGGAUGAAGGAAUAACGUAUGAACAAAUGCAGACUGUGAUUGAAGAGGUUCUGGAGGAAAGUGGGUAUUACAAUUUCACCUCAAACAGGUAUCAAUGUUAUCCAUGGGGGACAAGGAAUUAUCCAGCCAGAAGAUGAGCAUCUGAAAUUCUGACUAGAGUGGCGUAUUUUCUAAUGAGGUCUUAACUGACUUGACUUCAGGUUUUUAUUAUCUCAUUGCCAAAGGGAUGUACUUUAUUUAAAGCAUAAGGAGGGGGGAAGCAUUCAGAAAUGUGGG